GCUCUCUCCGGAGCUUCGCGGGGCCUUUUUUAUUUUUUCCUUUAUUUUCUUUUCCUUUGGGGGUGAUGAUCUUUGCCCACCGCCUAAAGAAUGGACCGUAGCAAGGUGACUCCUCCCGGUGCAUCGCCUACAUCGCCAGAUAAUGACACAAGAAGGGGCGAGUGAAGCCAGAAUGUGACAACACUUGUCAGGAGGCUUCAGAGCGCUGACAGCUCGCGGUGCGCCCGUGCAGCGGCACCGACACGGACGAGGAAACCCCGAGGAUCGCGGCCUGCUGUCCGGAUGACACCAGCCGCAGCCGGCCGCGCCGCCCGUCACAGCUAGCAUCGGCUAAGCUAAACUGAUGUCUUCCCCGAAUUUGAACUAUUUGUAAAUGGAUAACUCAGUUCAGACAACUUUCUCCGACGUGCGUGGGAGAGGGAGCCGGUAAGGGGUUUUCUGUCGCCGGAUGGACGGAGGACGUCUCUAGGGCUGCGAGCGGCGGUAGUCCAAACUGCUGAAGGUUCUUCAGGCAUGAUGGAAGGACUUCAUAGCCAGGCUCUUAGCCUGGAUCCACGCAGGCAGGAACUGCUCGAGGCUCGCUUCACUGGAGUCGGUGUGGCCAAGGGUUCAGCCAACAGCGAAUCAUCGAACCAGUCUCUGUGCAGCGCCGGAUCGCUCAGUGACAAGGAGCUCGAGACGCCGGAGAAGAGGGCCACUGACAGAAGCAGGAAGAGAAAAGCAGACACCUUUGACAACAACAGCCAAGGGAAGGGAAGAGGACAAAAAAUCAGCGACUAUUUCGAGUUUGCUGGCAGCAGCGGCUCCGGCACCAGUCCGGCCCGGGGCAUCCCGCUGCUGGUGCGCUCCUCUCCUCAGCACUCACUGUCUAACCUUCUGUUUCAGCACGGCAGUCCUUCGUCCACCAGCUCGGCCCACACAGACUCCUCAUCCUGCAGCUCCGUUAAAGCGGCCCCCGCACACUCCUGCUCACACAAAGCCAUCCAGUCGGAACUGACGCUGCUGAAACUGAAAGCUCUGGAGAAAGACAAGAACUCCGACCUGGAGAAGAAGGAGGGGAGGAUAGAUGACCUGCUGAGGGCCAACUGUGACUUGAGGCGACAGGUGGACGAGCAGCAGAAGAUGCUGGAGCGCUACAAGGAACGGCUGAACAAAUGUGUGACCAUGAGCAAGAAGCUGCUCAUUGAGAAGUCCAAACAGGAGAAGAUGGCUUGCAGGGACAAGAGCAUGCAGGACCGCCUCCGAUUGGGCCACUUCACCACCGUUCGUCACGGAGCGUCCUUCACCGAGCAGUGGACGGACGGAUACGCCUUCCAGAACCUCAUCAAGCAACAGGAGCGGAUCAACUCGCAGCGGGAAGACAUUGAAAGGCAGAGGAAGCUGCUUGGGAAGAGGAAGCCCCCCUCCAUGGCCCAGACGCCCCCACCCAACCUGGAACAGAACAGGCGGAAGAGCAGGAGCAACGGCCAGGAGAGUGAAACGUUGUCACUGGCAGAAUAUCAUGAGCAGGAGGAAAUUUUCAAACUUCGAAUUGGUCAUCUAAAAAAGGAAGAAGCAGAGAUCCAGUCGGAGCUGGAGCACCUGGAGCGGGUGAGGAACCUGCACAUCAGAGAGCUGAAGAGGAUCCACAAUGAGGACAACUCGCAAUUCAAAGACCACCCCACACUCAACGACAGAUACCUUCUAUUACAUUUGCUGGGAAGAGGGGGCUUCAGUGAAGUUUUCAAGGCUUUUGAUUUGACGGAGCAGAGGUAUGUGGCCAUCAAGAUCCAUCAACUCAACAAGAACUGGAGGGAGGAGAAGAAAGAAAACUACCACAAACACGCCUGUAGAGAGUACAGAAUCCACAAAGAACUUGACCAUCCCAGAAUAGUCAAACUCUACGACUAUUUCUCGCUCGACACAGACUCGUUCUGCACGGUGUUGGAGUACUGCGAAGGCAACGACCUGGACUUUUACUUGAAGCAGAACAAGCUGAUGACGGAGAAGGAGGGCCGCUCCAUCGUGAUGCAGCUGGUCAACGCCCUCAAGUACCUCAACCAGAUCCGGCCGCCCAUCAUCCACUACGACCUCAAGCCCGGAAACAUCCUGCUGGUUAACGGCACCGCCUGCGGGGAGAUAAAGAUCACCGACUUCGGCCUGUCCAAGAUUAUGGACGACGACAGCUACAGCUCCGCAGACGGCAUGGAGCUGACCUCGCAGGGAGCCGGGACCUACUGGUACCUCCCGCCCGAGUGCUUCGUCGUGGGCAAAGAACCGCCCAAAAUAUCCAACAAGGUGGACGUCUGGUCCGUCGGGGUCAUCUUCUAUCAGAGCUUAUACGGACGCAAGCCGUUCGGUCACAAUCAGUCCCAGCAGGACAUCCUACAGGAGAACACCAUCCUGAAAGCUACUGAAGUGCAGUUUCCCCCCAAACCUGUGGUCACCACAGAAGCAAAGGCCUUCAUUCGACGUUGCCUGGCUUACCACAAGGAGGACCGAGUGGACGUGCAGCAGCUGGCCAGCGACCCCUUCCUCAUGCCCCACAUCCGGAAAGCCCUGGGCGGCGCCACGCCGCUGGCCCCGCCCCUCCCCUCCACCUCCAGCUGCUUCAACAGCAGUGCCUCCAACUGAAGCAAGCCGAAAGACGCGGAACCGAAGCCACGUGGAGAGUCUUCUGCACGCUUGACGAAGCUCCGAUCCCGUCGCUCUCACGGUUUUUCUGAAAGCAGAGAGCAUGAUGGGAAGGAGGGAGCUCAUCAAGCGUGAACGGAACCAAAACGCUGGACGACGCGGCGCCGCCGCCGCCGUCGUCGUCCAGGUAGAGGAAAGGAAGGGCCGGCCGCCGGCCGUGGGCUCAUAGAACCCAAAGAUUCGCCCGUAUGCAUGCACUAACACCGACUCCGGCUCAUUUCAAGGAGCUUUUU